GAGCCGCCUGAGGUAAGGGGCUCCGGUUCCGGGCUGGCGAGGCCGCCGCUCCCCUCCUGCAGCCGCGCCGGUAGAGGUCACUGGGCUCGGGCGUGGGGUGCGCGGGAGGCUGAGGCUUCCUGCCAGGGCUGGCGGUGCUUGGCCACCGGCGGGGGUUGGAAAACACAUUAUAGAUUGUAUUUUUUCCCUCUUCUUCUGUGGACUUAGUGUAAAUAUGCUUUUUUCUGUUUGAAUUUAGUUUUUAAAAAUCAUAACCAUAGAUUCUUAUCAAAUAUAAGAAACAGGGGUAGUUAAACUAUGAGUUGUGGAAAGGAGUUCGUGGAAACAUUGAAAAAAAUUGGUUAUCCUAAAGCUGAUAGUCUUAAUGGAGAAGAUUUUGACUGGCUGUUUGAGGCUGUUGAAGAUGAGUCAUUUUUGAAAUGGUUUUGUGGGAAUGUGAAUGAACAGAAUGUAUUGUCUGCAAAAGAAUUGGAAGCUUUCAGCAUCCUUCAAAGAUCAGGCAAGCCCAUCUUAGAAGGAACAGCGUUGGAUGAAGCUCUUAGAACGUGUAAAACUUUUGAUUUGAAGACACCUACACUGGAUGACACAGAGAUACAGAAAUUAGAGGAUGAGGUUCAAACUCUGCAGAAAUUAAAGAACCUAAAAGUUCAGCGACGGAAUAAAUACCAGUUGAUGGCUUCUGAAACUAGCUACAAAUCUCUGGCGUUAAAUGCUAAACAAGAGGAAGCUACUAAGAAGCUGAAACAGAGCCAGGGAUUCCUGAAUGCUGUGAAUACUAAGCUUAGUAAUGAACUUCAGGUUCUCACUGAUGGAAUUAAUAAUUUGAUGAUAUUCUUCAGAAAUUCUAAUUUAGGUCAAGGGACAAAUCCAAUGGUAUUUUUAUCUCAGUUUUCCUUGAAAAAAUAUAUAAGCCAAGAAGAGCAGAGCACGGCAGCCUUAACCUUAUAUACAAAAAAGCAGUUCUUUCAGGGUAUACAUGAAGUAGUUGAAAGUUCAAAUGAGGAAAAUUUUCAACUCUUAGAUAUACAGACACCAUCUCUUUGUGAUAAUGAAGAAAUCCUUGGGGAGAGACGGCUGGAGAUGGCUAGGCUGCAGAUAGCAUACAUCUGUACCCAACAACAGAUCAUAUACUUGAAAGCGAGUAAUUUGAGCAUGAAGUCAAGUAUAAAAUGGGCAGAAGAGAACCUUCAUAGCCUAACCAGCGAGGCUAUUGGUAAAGAAAAUAUGGAUGCUAAAAUUUCUAGCUUGAACAGUGAGAUUCUAAAACUUGAAGAACAAAUCACUCAUAUAAAAGACAAAAUUUUACCUGCUGUGGUAAAAGAGAAUGCCCAGUUAUUGAACAUGCCAGUUGUAAAGGGAGAUUUUGAUCUACAGAUUGCAAAACAAGAUUAUUAUACAGCAAGACAAGAGUUAGUUUUAAAUCAGUUGAUAAAGCAGAAGGCUUCAUUUGAGCUUGUACAGUUAUCAUAUGAAAUUGAGUUGAGAAGACAUUGGGAUACAUAUCGGCAACUUGAAAAUUUGGUUCAACAACUUAGUCAAAGAAAUGUGCUCUGUCAGCAAUUAGCAACGUUAACAGAUCCAUCAGCAUCUGAGCAGUUAAAUUCCAGGACUCCCAUCGACACUAAAGAUUGUUCUGCUCAUAGGCUUUAUCAACUCUUAAAAGGAGACAAUAAGAAAAAAGAAUUGUUUAUAACCCAUGAACACCUGGAGGAAGUGGCUGAGAAAUUGAAACAAGAUAUUUCUCUAAUACAAGAUCAGUUGUCAGUAUCUACUCAAGAGCAUUUUUUCUUUCUGUCCAAACUGAAUAACGAUGUGGACAUGCUUUGUGAUGCUUUGUAUCAUGGAGGAAACCAGUUAUUGCUUUGUGAUCAGGAGUUAAUGGAGUACUUUCAUCAAGUUGAAUCUAAGUUGAAUAAACUAAAUCAUCUCCUUACUGAUAUUCUUGCUGAUGUGAAGACAAAAAGAAAAAUUUUGGCAACUAAUAAAUUGCAUCAAGUGGAAAGAGAAUUAUAUGUAUAUUUUUUUAAAGAUGAAGACUAUCUGAAAGAUGUUGUGGAAAAUUUAGAAAACCAGUCAAAGAUUAAGGCCUCUGGUCUUAAAGAUUGAAGAUUUCUCAGUAGAGCGCUUGCCUAGCAAGCACAAGGCCCUGGGUUCGAUCUUCAGCUCCAAAAAAAAAAGAUUGAAGAUUUCUAAAAACUGAAUCUUUAUGAUGCUUGCUAUGUUUCAAUUUUUAAAUAUUAGGAGGCUAUUUCCAAUAAACACUAAUAAACUAAUAAGGAAAAUAAAUUUCUUUUACAUUUAUGAGGGGGAGGGAUGCGUGUAUAUACAUUAGUGUGUACCAUGAUGAAUAUGUGAAGGUAAGGACGUCUUGAAGGAAUCAUGUUAUCCUUCUACCACAGAAGCUGUAGGGAUGGAAAUCAGGUCAUCAGUCUUGGUGGCAGUGAUUAACCUGUCUCAUCAGCUUCAGUGUUACUAAGUUUAUAAAUUUAAGAUCAAUAGAACAUUUUAAUAGAUUCAGUGUGAAGUUGAACUUCCCUAAUCUGAAAUUUUUAAAUACUCCAAAAUCUGAAACUUUAUAAACAACUGGGAUGUUUCUCAAGUGAAAAAUUCUACAUCUGAUCUUACAAGACAAGUCAGAAUCACAAAAUACAUAAAUUAUAAAAUUACCUUCAGUGUUAUGUGUAUAAAACUUGUCUGAAAUAUAAAUGAAUUUCACAUUUUGACUUGCGUCCUAUCCCUAAAAUAUCUAAUUAUAUAUAUACAAAAAUUAAAAUAUCUGAAACAAUUUGGUCCCACUCAUUUAAGUUAGGGGCUAUUCAGUUCGUGACAAUGGGUUUUUAACCCUUGUAACCAUGGACACAGUAGAGGUGCUACGCUUUUGUAGCACCAGCUGGUCAGACUGGCUUGAACUUAAGUGAUCUGCCUGCCUUUACCUCUCCAGUGCUGAGAUUAACACCAUCACAUCAGGCAUACUACCAAGUGCUUCUCAUGACCUGUUUGCAUGGUGCCACUUACUCUUGGCAAAUUUUUACUUGUAGGAAAAAACCAUGGUAUACACAUGUUUUAAAUAGAAUUAAAUCUUAAUUUGGCAUUUUCUACUAUUGAGUAUUUCAAAAGUUUGUAGAAUUUUGAGUUUUGUUUUUUAAGGUUUUAAUUGUCUGAGGUCAACUGUGAUCUGAAAACACCGAAUUUCAAAAGUCACAGAGGCUUAAAGUAUGCUUUCCUAUAUAUGUUGUGGACUCUGAAGCCCUGGGAUGUGUUAUACCUUUGUUCAGUGUAUGUAUGCUAGCUACAUACUUGACCUUUUUUACUAGUCACUUAAUACCUGAUAGCUAGCAGAAACAUAGAUUUCCGUACUAUGUGUGGUUUCACUGAAUUUUUGAAUUUUAUCCUCUGUUAGUAAAGUCAUAAUAUUGUAUAUUCAAUAACCAGUGUUUUGUAAAUUCUGCUGCUCAAAGUAUUUUCCUCUAAUUCUCUAUUGUAACCUUUGAGAAGUUUAAAUGUGUCUCCUUGUACCAGAGUUUGAGCAUUUCCAUUUUAAGGACUGGGUUCUGGUGGCCCAUACUAGAGCUUUAACCAGUGCGAUAUAAGUAAUGAAAUUUGAAAUUUAAGUUUCAUAAUUAUGUACAAGUGAUUGCUUAAAGGAUUUAUGAUACAUAUUUAAAUUACUUUUUUAGGAAAGAAAAUGUUGGA